GCUAAGUUGUCCCAGCAUUUUCUGUUUGCAGCCAAGAGCAAUGCUUGUCGCUUUCCGAACAAAGAGACCUCGGUGUGCGGGUUCAUAGUUCCUCGAAAGUAGAAUCCCAGGUGGACAGGGUGUUUGAGUAUCAGAAGCAGAGCGCUGACAGCUGGGAAACUCGAAUCAAGCCUCAGAAUCACUCGAUUCAUUAGGAUCUGAAUAUCAAGUCUUGACUUUUUUUGAUGAAAAGGAUACCCGCAAGGGAAGGAGGCUUCCGGCCGGCAAUCCGAUGGGGUCUCCCAGCACCUCGGGGUCCGAAUGCGGUCAGACGCCGAACGCGGAAGGUGGGGAGGAGUUGUACAUCUGUUCCGAGUGCGGGCGAAGCUUCAGCCAGCUGCCUGAUCUGUCAGCGCAUCAGUGUUGCCUGGCGGAGGGGAAGGCCCGGCAGCUUGGGGCCUCGCUGGCUUGCCGGCCUGAGGAAGGGCAGCUCUGCUGCCCUGAGCGCGGGGUUGGCUUCAGGAGAGCCCGUCUCCUGACCGAGCACCAGCGGCAGAGCCACGGUGGCGAGAGGCCCUUCGCCUGCCCCAGGUGCGGGAAGGGAUUCUCUCGCUCCGCUUCCCUGCUGGCGCACCAGCGGGCGCACGCCGGCGGUGGCUCCUUUGUCUGCUCGGUGUGCGGGAAGGCCUUCGCUCAGCCAUCCCACCUGCAGACCCACCAGCGGGUCCACACUGACGCCAGGCCCUUCAAGUGCCCCGACUGCGGCAGGCCCUUCAAGAGCUCCGGCGAGCUGAUGCGCCACCGGAGGGUCCACACCGACGAGAGGCCAUUCCAGUGCCAGCGCUGCGGGGCCGGCUUCCGGCGGUCAUCUCACCUGGCCGCCCACCAGCGGGUCCACACCGGGGAGAGGCCGUUCCAGUGCUCCUACUGCGGGAAGGAGUUCACCCACUCAUCCAACCUGCUGACCCACCAGCGUGUCCACACCGGCGAGAGGCCGUACUCCUGCUCGGUGUGCGGCAAGGGCUUCACUCGCUCCUUCAACCUGCUGACCCACCAGCGGGUCCACACCGGCGAGAGGCCCUACACCUGUGCCGUGUGCGGCAAGGGCUUCAGUCAGUCCUCCCACCUCAUGAGGCACCAGCGAGCCCACCAGCAGUGACAGAUUGUGCGGGUUUGGGUGGAUUGGCCGUGCUAAAUUACCCACUGUACCCUGGGAUGUGCAUGUCAGGGUGGAUUGGCCAGGCUAAAUUACCCAUUGUGCCCAAGGAUGUGCAUGUCAGCGUGGAUUGGCCAGGCUAAAUUACCCGUAGUGCCCAGGGAUGUGCAUGUCAGGGUGGAUUGGCCGUGCUAAAUUACCCAUAGUGCCCAGGGAUGUGCAGGUGAGGGUGGAUUAGCCGUGGGAAAUUACCCAUAGUGCACAGGGAUGUGCGGGUUAGGGUGGGUUAGCCGUGGGGAAUUACCCAUAGUGCACAGGGAUGUGGGGGUUAGGGUGGGUUAGCUGUGGGGAAUUACCCAUAGUGCACAGGGAUGUGCGGGUUAGGGUGGGUUAGCCGUGGGGAAUUACCCAUAGUGCACAGGGAUGUGCAGGUUAGGGUGGGUUAGCCGUGGGGAAUUACCCAUAGUGCCCAGGGAUGUGCAGGUUAGGGUGGGUUGGCCGUGGGGAAUUACCCAUAGUGCACAGGGAUGUGCAGGUUAGGGUGGGUUAGCCGUGGGGAAUUACCCAUAGUGCACAGGGAUGUGCGGGUUAGGGUGGGUUAGCCGUGGGAAAUUACCCAUAGUGCACAGGGAUGUGCAGGUUAGGGUGGGUUAGCCAUGCAGGGUUACAGUGUGGAAACAGGCUGUUUGGCCCAUCGAGUCCAUGCUGACCCUCUGCACAGCAUCUCAUUCAGACCCAGGCACCCCCACCAUAUCCCUGUAACCCUGCAUUUCCCGUGCCUAACCCAACCAGCCUGCACAUCCCUGGACUCUACGGGACAGUUUAGCAUGACCAAUCCACCUUUAACCUGCACAUCUUUUGGUCUGCGGGAGGAAACCCGUGCAGACGUGGGGAGAACGUGCAAACUCCACACAGACAGUCACCCGAGGGCGGAUUCAAACCCAGCGCUAUGAGGCAUCAGCGCUAACUGCUGAUCCACCAUGCCGCCCACUUCAGAGAGGGCUGGGGGAGGUCCGAGCCUACGACAGUUCGUCGAUCCAGGACGUCUGGGGCCUGUGUUGGCUGAAGAGAGUCAGUGGACCAAGGAGGAAGACGUUCUGGGCCCUCUGAGUGUUCCGCCAUUCAGUACGAUGAAGAAUGGUCUGAUGUAACACUACCGGCCCCGUCCUGCCCACUGCCUGGCCCGCUUCCUUCGUUGAGGGAGCACGUGGUGACUCUGUAGGGUCUUGAUGGAGUAGUUGCCGAGAAUUUGCUUCCCCUGUGGGCAACAGAACGAAACGCAGGGGACCAGGUCUCUGGCGAAGGGGCUGCUUGGUCGUUUGUGAGAAACGGAAACAGGCCCUUCGGUCCAACUCAUCCGUGCCGGCCAGCUAUCCUAAACCGAACUCGUCCCAGCAUUUUUAUCCUGCAUCCUUCUAAAUCCCCCCUAUUCACGUACCCAUCCUGAUGCCUUUUAAAUGCUGUAACUGUACCAGCCUCCACCACUUCCUCUGGCAGCUCAUUCCAUACACGCACCCCCUCUGUGUGAAAAAGUUGCCCCUCAAGUCCUUUUCAAAUCUCUCCCCUCACCUUAAACAUAAAGUUUUGGAUUACCCCCACCCUGGGGAAAAGACCUUGGCUUAUUCAACUGACCUUUGGCCCUCGUGACUUUAUAAACCUUUAUAGGGUCACCCCUCAUUCUCCAAGGCUCCAGGGAAAAUAGCCCCAGCCUAUUCAGCCUCUACUGAUCGCUGAAACCCUCCAACUCCAGCAACAUCCCUGCAAAUCUUUUCCGCCCCCUUUCAAGUUUCACAACAUGCUUCCUAUAACAGGGAGACCAGAACGCUGUAUUCCAAAAGUGGCCCGAACCAACGUCUUGUACAGCCGCAACAUGAUCUCUCAACUCCAAUACUCAAUGUACUGACCCAUAAAGGCAAGCAUACAAAACAUUUUCUUCACUGCCCUGUCUACCUGCAACUCUAGGAAGAUUCCCUUCGCUUUCCUUGGGAAUAUGUUGCUGAUUUUGGUUUCUUUAGGCUACUAAGGUUACUCUCCUUCUAAACCUGAGAUGUUAAAUUAUCACCACCCCUGUCUCUCUCUCUAAUGAGACAGCAGCGCAGUGGUUCACCAGGACUCUGAUGCCUACUAUUUUUUGCGCCAUAAUGCCAAAUAUUUCGGGUAAUAAAAGGGGAAAGAACAUCCCACAGAAACUCUGUUUCGGAAUUGCUACUUGGACUGACUUCUCGACUCUUUAUACAGAAUAUUGGUUUGCAGAGCAGAAUCUUAAAACAAACAAGAUGUCAAGAUCUGACAGAACAAUUUUUCAGAAUCUGAAUAUCAUUUCGAGGACGGCGAUAAAAUGGUUUUAUAACGUGGUGAAAAAUCACAGAGACAAACACGCACGUGCUAGAAUGAGGGUAUUCCUGAUUUGUCUGGAAAGAUAUGUCAUUCACAGCAGGGAUCGACACUUUGGCAAACUGUGCAGGCCUGAGGCUUCCAAACUGGAGAGGUGCCAGGAAAUUCACAACGCGAAGGCUGUGGGAAGGGAUUCAGGUUGCCCUGUCGAACGCACCGUGAGAGACUGCCCGCUCCGAGUGUGGGAAGGAAGUCACUCAGAUGCUGAGCCAGUUGAGACACCAGUGAAUUUACGACAAGAGGGUCUGGAUCCCACUGUUAAUCACCUUCCAGACUCGAACAGUGUCUAUUGGGACAGCAGGAGCUUGUUUCAGCUGAUGUCAGGAGGCCCCGUAACUGGGCCCAGGUGUUUAAUAUUCUGUAAAUAGAUUAAAUAAAAUCAGUC